CCCAACCAAUGCUUCCCGGAUCGCCCCAAGAAGCGGCUCCCUCGCCACAGCAGAAGGACUGGCCGCGUGCCGGCUCCUUUCCUCCCCAGAAAUCAGGAGGAGGCGCCGACCCCUCGCUCCCCCCCCCCAAGUCGCUUUACUCCCCGCCAAGUUCUACGCUGGCCCCUCCCCUCCUCGUGAGGUCACUUUUCAGCUGUCGCGGGGAAGGCUGCUUUCGCCGAGUUUGCCACGGGAAGGGCAGGGGGGCAUUUUCGCCCCUCCGGGCAGGGCUCGUUUUUGGAGUCUCCGGGAGUCGCUCUCCGGAGGGGGUGGAGUCUGGGGGGGGAUGUUGCUUUUGCAGAGCGAUCGUGGCUGUACACGGUGGUGGGAACCCUUCCCCAGACUGGCUGCUUUUCCCAUUUGGAUGGCUCUGGCAAGCUGAGCUGUUUCCUGCUCGUAAGCAUGGAUCUGACCUUGCCACUACCGGUUGCUGUUACUUUUGAUCCCCGGGGUUUUAAUCAAGGGGCAGCCGAGCCCACGGAGCCCGCCUUGGACCCUUGCAGUCUCCUUUCAGAAAGGCACUAUGAAGUGGUGCCCUGCGUGGUUUGUGCUCUCUGCUGCAUUUUUGGAGUGGCUUACUGCUGUUUUGGCUAUCGGUGUUUCAAGGCCAUCAUGUUCCUCUCCGGUCUCCUCUUUGGCUCCGCUGUGAUCUUUCUGCUUUGCUAUAAGGAGCGUAUCUUGGACACCCAGCUCAGCUUGGAGGUCAGCGCUGGCAUUGCCCUGGGCAUCGGAGUCUUGUGUGGCUUGGUUACUAUGCUGGUGCACUCUGUGGGGUUGUUUCUGACAGGGCUUCUGCUUGGCUUGCUGGUGGCCACGGCUGGACUGGUAGCCACCGAGCCUUUCUACAAACUGCCCAACGGGUGGAUCCCUGCUGGGUCCCUGCUGGGCUUGUCCCUCUUAGGUGCUGUCUUGGCGUUGCGCUGGCAGAAGGUCCUCACGGUGAUCUCCACAGCGGUGUUUGGGGCUGCUGUUCUGACUCUCUGCUUGGACUACACGGUGGAGAACCUGGCUUUGGGCCACCAUGUCUAUGACCGCCUCCGUCUGGCCCCUUCCUCCCUGCUCUGCUGGUGUGGCUGGGCAGUGCUGGCUACCUGGCCUGCCCUUGCCUUGAUGGGCAUCCUGCUGCAGUGGAAAGUGACUGCUGAAGGUUUCUCCCACACAGACGUGGUCCUGAAUCGGCGCCAGAAGCAAUUACAACUCUUACGGAUUCGACAGCGGGAAGCCAAAAAGAGGCAGUGCCAAGUUCCACAAGAAGGCUCCUACCGGCACAAGGCUGGUGCCAUCAAACGCUGCACCGGAGACGUCCUCGCACCAAGUUACAUCCAGAGCCUGCGGGACCGUCAGCACUUGGGAACUGGCACCUCCUUGAGCAACCUCAGCACAAGCGCUCAUACCACAGUGGACCUGGAUUAUGACUCUGGCUCUACCGUCCCCCUCACCACACCACAAGGUUGCCUCUGAAGGAUACGUGGAUGUGAUCGUGCCAUCAUAUCUACUUCAGUGAAUGGAAGAAGGAUGGCAAGAUCGUGUCUGGGGAGAGAAGGAUCUUCUGUGGUCCUUCCGAUACUGAAUUUUGACCUAACUAAGCAUCGAAAAACUUCACGGAUGUUGUAGUCCAUCAUCUGGAUAGCCACAGGUUUCCUAAUCUCUGUUGUGGUAAAGACUGACCAGCAGGGCUAUGAAAUGUAUGGGAGGAGGGGCUUAUAUUUGCAGAACAGGCUACCUUCUUAAGAUGUUCACCUUUACUAAGUUGGUGAUGGUGAAUAUAAAUAAACUGGGAUGUAGCAAGAAAGUGAUUGCACUUCUUCCACCCUUGUAACCCCCAAAGGAAUGAAUGCCAAAUAAAACUGGUAUUAUUAUUUGGAGUGCCUUUUCUAGCAUGUAUAGAGCCAUAUGUGCUUUGGAAUGAUUCCGAAUUUAACUCGACAAUGGUGCUUUUAAGAACAUGUACAUAAGGAUUAAAAAAAAAACAAAAGUCCUAACCCUUGAACUCUUAACUGGGUAAGCUAAUUCACCUGAUUUUCAAAUCCUGCUUUUUUUAAAAAAAAAAAAAAAUUCAAAUUCACUCUGUGUGCAUAGGUUCAAAUCCUGUUCAGGAAACCUUUUUGUUAUUGUGAUUGUUUCCUAUGAAAUGUUUGUUACUGUUUUGUAACUGUUCCUGUUUAUAAAAUUUAACACAAAUA